CACCGCGUGUGCAACCGGAAGACCAGUCCAACGUGGUGUCAAGUUAGCGGAGAGUCGUGCUGCCCCUCUGUCUUUCUACUGGUAACGUGUCCGCCGAUGUCUCUGAUUAAGUGAAAUGACCGAGAGUACAGCGGAGACGGCGGCCCAGCCCGCCAAGCAGCUGCUGGCGCUGAACCCCAAGCAAGAGACCGAGUUCAAGAAGAAGGUCCAGGAGGUGAAGAAGAAGAAGAACAAAUCGGGCAAGGUGAGCCCUCUGACCCCAGGAGUGAUCUAUGUGGGCCACCUGCCGCAGGGGCUGUUCGAGCCCCAGCUCAGGUCUUACUUCGGACAGUUCGGGAAGGUGUCGAGGCUGCGGCUGUCCAGGAGUAAGAAGACAGGUGGGAGCAAAGGCUAUGCGUUCAUAGAGUUCGACUGCGAUGAAGUGGCAAAAAUUGUCGCAGAGACAAUGAACAACUACCUCAUGGGAGAGAGACUCAUCAAAUGUCAUGUGAUGGCACCAGAGAAAGUGCACGAGAAGAUGUUUGUCGGCUCCGAAAGGGAAUUUAAGAAACCCUCACACCCUGCCGUGGCACGCUACAACAAGCAGCGCACAGCCGAGCAGCUCGAGAAGAUGAAGGGGAAACUCCUGCGGAAAGAAACGAAGCUCCGCAAGAGGCUGGCAGCACACGGCAUCGAAUACGACUUCCCCGGAUUUGCUUCCCAGGUGCCUCUGAAGAAAAAGUCAUCCGACUCCAUGGACGCGUCAACAUGUAGCGACGACACCACACCGUUCUGCACCCCCUCCCUCCUGGAGAGGAGGAAGUCCAUGGUGAUCGGCGACGACGAUGUGGACGACGAGAUUGUCAUUAAGAUCCCAGAUGUAGAGAAAGACGAAGAGUGCUCCUCAGAGGAGGAGGAAGACUGUGGACAGGACGAGGAGUUGGAGGGCGAAGAAGCCUCCGAGGAGGCCACAGAGGAGAAGUGAAAGCCCUCACUGUCUCAUAGUGGACUUGAGCUGCGAGAGCUGAGAUGGCACACGUUAAAGAUAAUGUAUUUGAGAGUGACGAGGACAACGUUGAACUGUGCUCACGAAUAGGUGUCUUUCUGUGUGUUGAAAUCCCAUUACAAUGUAGAGAGAAUCUCUUACGACAGAGUUCACUGUAAUUGUGGGUAGAUGGUGAGCAUCGUGAGCGCUGUUCACGAAAAUCAUCAUCAUGAGCCCGAUUAAUGGGUCAAAAGCUUUUCCUGUAUGUGUUUGACAAAGGUUGCGUCUGUCUUUGAGCAGUUGUUUCAUUUGCAGUACCAGGCUCUAAGUGUUGAUGUAUAUAAGAAGAAGCAACACUGUGUUGUGCUCCAUAACCACACUUGUUUAAAAGGCUGGUGGAAUUUAUUAAUGUUAUGGUCUUUAAUAAUAAACGACGUCAGAAUAGUU